AUGCGUUGCCCAUCCUGCGGCAAGCGCCUUAAAAACGAGGGACGGUUUCUACAACAUCUUAAUCAGCCUUCUUCCCGCUGUUACAAGUGGGAUGGUACUAACCUGGUUCGCAUCUCGAGGCCAGCACGAGUUCCAAGUCCUCUCGACAAAGAUAUGGAUUUGACCUUGGACCCAGAGUUUAGUAUGGAGCAUGUAUUUGAUGCAAACAUUGAAGCGGAGGGUGGUUUACAGGCAGAUUACGGUGAAGAAGUGGAGGUUUUCGACGGUGCAGGCAAGACAUGGGGUAUUGGACAGACCUUCAUGGACCAGUUCAACUGGGAGAUGGCAUCGUUUCUUCUCCGGUCUAAUCUUAGCAUGGCCGAUAUUGACAAUUACCUUAAUCUUGAAUUUACCAAAAUGCUGCCAUUGUUGUUUCGGUCUUCGAGAGAACUCCGAGGACGCUCUGAAUUGCUCCCAGCACUGCCUCGAUGGAAGUAUGAAACAGUUACGACCGAGUUUCCAACAACAAAGAUCCUCCGAAUAUUUUAUCGGGACACAAUUGAGUGCUUACAAUCACUUCUCAGCCACCCACUGUUGGCUACCAGCUUUGAUUUCAUCCCUCGCAAAGUUUACGAGUCUGCUGAACGUGCUGUCCAAGUGUAUCAUGGAUUUAUGACAGGUGACCAUGCUUGGAACCUUCAGAAAGACCUACCUGAAGGUGCAUUACUCCUUGGUGUAGUCCUCUCCUCGGACAAGACCAAGGUCAGCAACAUCGCUGGUAACCGUUACGCACAUCCACUUCUUGUUAGUCUCACCAAUAUCGAUCCCAGUGUGCGCGCCAAAGGCUCCUUACAUGCCUAUAUCCCACUCGCUCUACUUCCUGUUGCAAAGUUCGUGCACAGGAACAAACGCAUGCGCGGGGUUCUCGCAGACCGCUUACUCCACCAAUGUAUCGACCUCGUUGUUGAGCCGUUGAAGCAAGCAGCCCGUCUUGGCAUUAUGAUGAGUGAUCUACAGGGAUUUAGCAGGUAUUGCUUCACCCCCCUUGUUGCUUAUGUCGCGGAUACUCCAGAGGAGCUUGUCGUUGCAUGCGCUACGAUAAACUCAUUGUCUGUCACUAUGGCUACCCGCAAAGACUUUGGAGACCCAAUCCGACACCCUCCUCGUAAUGGAUCAUCCACCCUCGCCAAUAUCGCAGCCAUUAUCACGUCUAUCUCACCAUCUGAUCUUGUCGCAUUCUUUGAGGCAUGUAAGCAUUAUAAUCUAAAUGGUGUCGACUUGCCAUUCUGGAGGAAUUGGCUGGCUGCCAAUCCUUCUUCCUUCCUCACUCUGGAGCUACUUCACCAUCUUCACAAGAUGUUCUGGGACCAUGACCGUCUCUGGUGCACAUUGGUGGUUGGCUCACAAGAAAUUGAUUUUCGUUUUGCGCUGCUCCAGGUGUGCACUGGUUACCAUGCAUUUAAGGAAGGGAUCUCCACUUUGAAGCAGGCCACAGGACGAGACCAUCGCAAUGUUCAACGUUACAUCAUCGGCGUGAUUGCUGGUGUUGCCCCUGCCAACUUCGUAUCCGCUAUUCGUGCUCUCGCAGAGUUUAGAUACCUCGCUCAAGCCCCGCAUUUCACCGACAAGCAAGUGGUGGAGUUGGACCGCUGUUUUAAAGCCUUCCACUGGCUCAAACAUUCCAUUGUUGAUGCUGGUGCUCGUUGGGGGAAAAGGGGUGAGGAUAAGCCAUGGGUGAUUCCAAAACUUGAGUUGCUGCAAGGGGUAAUACCUAGUAUUUAUUCACAUGGUGCCAUCAUGCAGUGGUCUGCAGACCCCACUGAACAUGCACAUAUCAGGGUUGUGAAGGAGCCAUUGAGGGCAGGGAACAAUCACGACUACGAUGCGCAAGUAUGCGUGCGCAGGAGGAUUCGUGAAGGUCAUGAAAGUGACGAAGACAAUGAGGGUGGUCUCACUCACCAUUUUGUCAAGGACUACUUUGCUUGCGCACGCGACCUCAUUAACGGUGUCCAUCCUCAAGCUCCCCAUCCCUAUCGAACAUUCUCAACCUCAAUCAAUGCUUACCAUCUCAACGAUCACCCCACACUCACAAAAAUGACAUCUCCGAUCAUCUCGACCAGGAUGACGCCCAUGUUGAUCAUUUUGUCGUUGGUGGCAGGCGCCGUGCACACCCUGGCUGCCCCCUCCCCUUUGAACGCAUUCAAAUAUGGUGCAAGAUAUGGAUGCAGUCAAAAUCUUUUCAUGACCCUGAACAUCUUGAGCCCUCACAAGCACUACACUGUUGAACCGCCCUCAAAUUCCUGGCCAUAUGGCCGAUAUGACUCUGUUAUUGUUAGUACAGGCGACACGCACAAGUGGCCAAAAAGUGGCCUAGAUGGACACUUUGUCGCUCACCUUCGUUUAAUUUUUCGUCCCAUCACACCACUUUCAUAUUCUCAAACAUAUCUUGCAUAUGUCGAACGUUUAGACGUUGUGACUCUCGACGAAUCUACGGUCACUCAGAUUGUGGCGCCCGUCCAUCUCAUCCCGCGUUUUGGUCGAAAAGCUGAUCCGCGAUUAACGAUGCAAAGCAGUAUUAACCAUACCACAGAGUUUUACUUGAAUAAGUUCUGGAACAAAGAGCUGUUCUUUGCGCUUCAUGUGACUGACAAACCAUCGAAUACUUCAACAGUGGCGGCAGAGACUGAAACUCCAACAAUCGCAGCCAAGCCCCAAACUGAUACUGCAGUCGUGCAACACGAUCAGGUUUUGGGCAUCACGAAUGUCAUCACUGCAGAACCAGCUGGGUGCCACAAGCAACUCAUAGAUGCUCUUCAGCAGGUCUGGGUGGAGCCUGUAUGCUUUGUCAACGUCUCUCCUGAUGAUCAUGCACGCGUUUUGGAGCACAUGGACUCUCUGACAUUUUCAAACUAUCACACAAAGAUGUCGUAUUUUCCUCGCAGAAUGAUUCUCAUCGUGUAUUCUCCGCACCCUGUCCAUGAACAAACCACAAGCGAGAUGUCUUUCAUCAUCUCACAAGCUCUCCACAGCGUUCAGUACAACCGAACGCUCUUGAAGACCUGCGUCUCUUCCAACAGUCGGAUCUACUCCAAAAACAUUUUCACCAUACCUGACAUGCAGGUAACCAUGACGCCUACAACCACAAUAGCCGCUGAGACCCAACUUCUCUGGAUGGUCGAAUCCGGAUUCACUCAGUCUCGACCUGCCAUCAUGGCAAAAGUGGGAGACGUGCUUCUAUCGCACGAAGAACUACUUCUUAUUCUUAUGAUCUUGGAGACACGCGAAGAGGGAUCGGUGCGGACUUACAGUGCCUUCGCUCCUGCACGCACUGCCGACAAGUUAUUCGGGCCUGUGGUAGCAUUGGGGCAUGAGUGGAUUGACAUCGAGUCUGUCGAAUAUUAUGUUUGGGUUAAAUCUGGAGAUCAGCGUAUUGAUGUAACCACUGAUCCUACGGCGCAUGGAACACUAUUUCCGGAUAUUAACAUGGGUGAUGUCACUGAUGCAUUGAACCGUGGUAUGGAUCGCGUGAAGGCCACCAUGAGCCACACCCUUGACACUAUUGAAUCCAAUUGGCCGUUUAUUCAAACCGCCCACUUCCGCUACUGUGAUUGGUACCAUCGCCAAUUCUCUGGCACGAAGCAUCAUCGCGUGGACAAUCCUACCAUAGAUGCAAGUACCAGGCCCUCAAUCAGGAGAGCCUUAUCCUCUGGACAUGUCCAGGUGGACAAUCCAGAGAAUGCCGAACCCUCAAUCAGCCAGCAUAUCCAUCUCUAA